UGCGUCCUUCAUGCUGCUUUGAAGCUGGCUUCCUUUGUCCCUUUAUGUCCCUUUAUGCUGCUGAGUUGAAGCUGGGUCACGCUAGCAGCUCUGCUCUCCCUGCACUCAAUGCCCGUCUCCCCCCCUGCUCGUCCUAUUUAACCCCCCGGUGCCCGGCCGGCCCCCCCAGCUCCUGACUGGCUGCCAGGUACCCGCAGGUGUGAAAGAGUGGACGGGCGUACCUGCACGCCCCCCCACCCUCCUUCGCGCCGUUGGCCCGCGGGCCGCCUGCCGCCCCUCCCACUUAACCCUCUCCGCACCAUCGGCACCUUUGAUCUCCUUAUCGUCCAUCGUCAGCCAAGUGCAGCAGCAGCACCACGGUGCUCUUGCUCACUGCUCCAGCGCCGGAAGGGUUCCAGCAGGGCGGCAGCUCUCUAUGCUAAGUACAUCCGUGGGAUUGGUCAGUGACGGGGAGGUGGAAGGAGUGGGAACUACACACAAGCCAUUUCCACCUGCGUAACACUCCAGUGGCUGUGGCAUCUUCCUCCAGGAGACACUGCAGCAGUAUCCCCUCCCUGCUCCCAGCUCCUGCUACACACAGAGCCCAAUGGCUGCUGCUGCUAAUCCCGGGGAUCUGCAAGCUGGCGAGAGGCGCCCAGUGUGGGCACAGGAGGUGGGGGAAUCAGCAGCAGGAGGCGCCCGGAGCCCUGUGAACCAGAGAGGGACCGUAAGGGCUCAGCAGCAGGCAGGGCAUCCACCCGUUACCAUAGAGACCACAUCCACAGACUCCGCAUACUCCAAGAAGUCACCAGUAGGUGGCGAUGAUGCGUUUUACACUUCUCUGAUGUCAGAUGAGCGGUAUAUGUCGCAGCCUGACUCCUCUUACUUCACUGGGAUUCUUAAGAAGGAAAAUAGUGGCACGCGCUUAGACAAUGAAGAGCUCUGCUUCGGUUAUCAUUCUCAAGACGUACCAAUAUUUGACUCUCGUGGCUUGUUUAGUUCUGACUCAGGUAUUGAGAUGACCCCUGCAGAAAGUAAGGAUGUGAUUAAAACAUUGUCAGACCCCAUGGAAGAUGAUAAACUAGGAGCAUACAAGUAUAUUGACAUCCGCAGGUCUCCAGAUAUUAAGCCACAAAAGUCGCCAGAACAAGAGGUUGAUGAGGGAAAAGCAGCCCCAUUUGCAUAUGAGUUUUCUGCCAAAGGACGUAUGCAUGACGGUGCCACAAAGACUUGGGAAAAGGACCUGUAUAACGACCAAGUAUAUGAAGACCUCUCCUUUGCACCAUACAUGGAGGAGGCGGGUGACCACAUGGGGUUGUAUAGUAGCACAGUAACCAGAAAUACUAAAACAUCUCCAGUAAAAAUUACCCUCACAGGAACAGAUUCCUCCAUAGAAAGUGACUUCAUUGAAAGCAGCCAGGAUCUAUAUGAUGCAGGCUUAAAGCCAGGAUCUGAUAUGGUUCCCACAGUAAUGGUUUCAGAACCGGAAGAUGACAGUCCCGAGUCUCUCACUCCACCAUCCACAGAUACAGAUGGAUAUACAGAACCAUCUGGCUCAGAGAAGCAGAGUAAAUUCCGGAUAUCUGAGGAUGAACUUAUCAGUGCCAUGAAGGCAAAAGAAGCAACAAAAGGCUUUCCUUAUGAGGCAGUUGAAGAGCAGAAACCUCACAGCGUUUCCUCCGUAAAACAGGAUUAUAAAAGCAUGCCUGUGCUACCAGCUGUCCCGUCUUCCCUAGAUAAUGAGGUUUCCAGCACUGAAUCUGGUGACUCUGAAAUAGAGCUUGUUUCUGAAGACCAGCUGGCAGGAGAAGAGGCCAUGCAAUCUGCCUACAUGACAUUCAGUCACAUCAGUGGCCCCCCACCGUCACCUGCCUCCCCAUCCAUACAAUAUAGUAUACUCAGGGAGGAGCGCGAAGCCGAAUUGGACAGUGAGCUCAUAAUUGAGUCAUGCGACGGCUCCUCAGCUUCUGAGGAAAGUCCAAAGAGAGAUCAAGAUUCGCCUAUGAUGAAACCGAUGAUGGACAUUAUUGAAGAAGAAAACAGUUCAAGAACGGAGAGUUUUGAUGCCUCAGACUUCGACUCUUGCAGUUCUACAGAGAGGAAACUAAACAUGGAGAACCUGGCAGAAUCCGCUGCCUAUUUAAAAAGCUCUUACCUGGCUGAAGGACGAGCAGAGUUCUUAGUGAUCAAGAGAGAUGAAGCGUUACACCAGCGCAAAGUCCCAGAAUCAGCAGCUCACCAAAGUAGGCUUUCUGGGAAGCCCAGCGCCGGUUCUCAGGCUUCGGUGGCGUGGCUCAGUAAGAAGAAAGCUGUUGACUUGUUAUACUGGCGUGAUGUGAAGCAGAGCGCGAUUGUAUUUGGAAGUGUCCUUCUGAUGCUCUUCUCCCUGACUCAGUUCAGCGUGGUCAGUGUUAUUGCCUACCUAGCUCUUGCUGCUCUCUCAGCCACAAUCAGCUUCAGAAUCUACAAGUCCGUUUUACAGGCUGUACAGAAGACCGAUGAGGGACAUCCAUUCAAGAGCUACUUGGAUUUGGAAGUCUCCCUUUCUCAAGAACAAAUCCAGAAGUACACAGAUUGCCUUCAGGUGUACACAAACAGCAUAGUGCGGGAGCUGAGGAGGCUGUUCCUAGUACAGGAUCUGGUGGAUUCAUUGAAGUUUGCGGUACUAAUGUGGCUGCUGACGUACGUCGGAGCUCUGUUUAAUGGUCUAACGCUUCUCAUCAUGGCUGUGGUGUCGAUGUUCUCUCUCCCAGCCGUAUAUGACAAGUAUCAGGCACAAAUUGACCAGUAUUUGGGACUUGUGCGGACAAACAUGAACACAGUCGUGGCAAAGAUCCAAGCCAAAAUCCCUGGUGCAAAACUGAAGGAAUAAAUAAAACGUUGAGUCCUGUCAGUUCUUGGUAAAUUGUGGAGUCUAACGUGGAAACAGCUGUGUUACUACACUUUACUUACAGAUCUAUUGCACCAUUCUCUUCAACACGCCGUGUUCCUCAAAACAUCUGAAAAAAAACAAAAACAAGUAGCAGCUCUCCUGAAGCCGCUCGUAAUGCUAUUAGAAUACUCGCAAUCAGCCGUGUCAAGCACUCAAGUAUAGUGAAGAGAUACAAAAAGUGUACUAGAUGUGUUUCUUUUUUGUGUUGCUUAAAAAGUGCAUGAUGUUGGAAGCCUAAGUAAAAUAUUUUUUAUUUCAUUUUACUUUCUUAAUUUAUUAUGUUUUUUUAGUGUUUUUUCUGCUAUUCUUGACAGCGCUUCUAUAACUUAAUGUGACGUACGGCUAGGGCUUUAUGCUUAGGGCAGUGAUGCAGUAGUACAGACUUGCUUCAUUGUCUCUGGGCCCGCUGGUUGGAGUUAUUUCAAUGAUAUAAAUAUAUAUAUAUACGUAGAACUGUAGACUGUUUUGUGUUUUCCAGCACAGGUGAAAUCGAUGUGCAGUACUUCUCUCCAUUUUUGUAUGACUUAAAAUUGCAGUACUCCUGUUGUAAGGGUUCGGGAAAACAGAUUUACAUGUACGGUAGACAGGUCUAGCUCUCACGGUUUAUUACGGUUUGUAAUCCAUUCUAUGUAGUUCCUAGCGAACUUAUGGACUGAAUAUUUGCACUUAUUAUGUACUUGACACUGAAUGCGUAAAUAAAAUGUCACUAAAUGUAUAAGGUCCUGUUUUGUGUUUGCUUGUAAAACUGACAAAACACAUCAUGACAGCGUCCUAUAGAUGGAACAACUACAUGAUAUUCUUGACCGUGAAAACUAUUUAUGGCACAUACUCACUUGUAUCUAUCUACUGGUUUCCUGACCUUAAUAUUUCAGUGCAAAUGGGAAUAAAACUGGAUUCUUGCCAA